GAAGAUGUUUUCCGCGCUCAAGAAGCUGGUGGGGUCGGAGCAGACUCCGGGCCGCGACAAGAACAUCCCCGCCGGGCUGCAGUCCAUGAACCAGGCGCUGCAGAGGCGCUUCGCCAAAGGGGUGCAGUACAACAGAGAGUCUUCCAGUCUGUGACGACAUAGUCUGGUGAUAACGUACGCUACUGAGAAACUGAUUGGAAGGACUUCGGUGCAGGCUUGAAACAGGGGUCGUUGUAGAUGUGUUCUACUCGCGAUUCUUCCUUUGGAAAUCAGACUCGGAAACUGGACACUUCACCUUUUGAAAAGCACUCACCACGGCACAGCCCCUGGUCUCUGCGGAUGGAAUGGCAAGGGACAGCGGAGCUGUCCAGAGGACACAUCCGGCCUCGGGGGGUCGGCGGGCAGUGAAGAUAGUGAUCCGCGGAGACAGGAACACGGGCAAGACCGCGUUGUGGCACCGGCUGCAGGGCAAGAAGUUCGUGGAGGAGUACAUCCCCACCCAGGAGAUCCAGGUCACCAGCAUCCACUGGAACUACAAAACCACUGAUGACAUCGUAAAAGUCGAGGUCUGGGACGUAGUUGACAAAGGAAAAUGCAAAAAACGAGGUGACGGCCUGAAGAUGGAGAAUGACCCCCAGGAGGCAGAGUCCGAGCUGGCCCUGGACGCGGAGUUCCUGGACGUGUACCAGAACUGCAGUGGCGUGGUCAUGAUGUUCGACAUCACCAAGCAGUGGACCUUCAGCUACAUUCUGCGGGAGCUCCCGAAGGUGCCGACCCACGUGCCCGUGUGCGUGCUGGGUAACUACCGGGACAUGGGCGAGCACCGCGUCAUCCUGCCAGACGACGUGCGUGACCUCAUCGACAGCCUGGACAGGCCGCCAGGCUCCUCGUACUUCCGCUACGCCGAGUCCUCCAUGAAGAACAGCUUCGGCCUGAAGUAUCUCCACAAGUUCUUCAACAUCCCGUUCCUGCAGCUUCAGAGAGAAACGCUUCUGCGACAGCUGGAGACGAACCAGCUGGACAUCGAUGCCACGCUGGAGGAGCUGUCGGUGCAGCAGGAGACCGAGGACCAGAACUACGGCAUCUUCCUGGAGAUGAUGGAGGCGCGUAGCCGCGGCCAUGCAGCCCCCCCAGCAGCCAGUGGGCAGAGCCCGCCCUCGGGCUCCCAGUCCCCAGUGGUGCCCAGCGCUGUGUCCACGGGGAGCUCCAGCCCCAGCACGCCCCAGCCGGCCCCACCGCCACCCCUGCACACCCCCUCGACCUGCCCUACUCCCCUGUCCCCCGUGGAGGCUUCGCUGCCCCCGACGCAUACUGUGGCCCCUGCCCAGCCCCCAAGACGCAGCUUCAUCUCCCGGCUGUUUGGGACCUCGCCGGCCACUGAGGCGGCCCCUUCGCCCCCAGAUCCAGCCACUGCUGCAGAGGCCCCAGUCAGAGUCCAGGACGUGGAGGAUUUCGUCCCUGCAGACAGCCUCGACCACAGCUUCCUAGAGGACUCAGCCCCCUCGAGGGAUGGGGAUAAAGUUGGGGCCGAGGUCCCUCCGGAUAGUGACAGCGAUGGGGAGGCCCCAGGAGGGAACCCAAUGGUGGCAGGUUUCCAGGACGACGUCGACCUCGAGGAUAAGACACCUAUCAAGCCCCUGCUAUCCAUAAGCCCUGUCCUCGGGGAGAACCUCACUCACUCCAGUGCAGACGUAGCAGGGCACCCCAAGGCCACUAUCUUGGCCCCACAGAAGUGCCCGGAGCAGGAGACCAAAUGGUCCUCCACAAAGGCCUCGAGGCCACACAGGGGCACAGCUCCUAGGACUGCUGAGGACUUCUCUCAAGGGCAUGAGGAUAAGAAGGAGGAGCUGGCAGCAUCGUCAGAGAGUGACCCCGAGGGGCCAAUUGCUGCACAGAUGCUGUCCUUCGUCAUGGAUGAUCCUGACUUUGAGAGCGACUCAGACACUCCAAGGAGAGUGGGUGAGUUCCCAGUACGCGAGGACCUCUCCGACAUGACCGAUGAGGAUGCCAGCCCGGCCCCACAGCCCUUGGCCUCCAAGCCCCACGGCCCCCCCUUCCGAGUGAAGGACGAUGCGGACCUGUUCGGGCUGGGGCUGGUGGAGACCGGCCACAAGGCGAGCGGCAGCGAAGAUAAGGAGGGCCGGCCUCUCUCCAAGGAGAAGGAGAAGAAAAAGAAGAAGAAGAAGAAAGGCAGAGAGGAGGAAGAAAAGGCAGCGAAGAAGAGAAGCAAGCAUAAGAAGAGCAAGGAGGAGGAGGAGGGCCGCGAGCAUGGGCGGCGGCGGCCUCGAGGCCAGAGGUCUUCGGUGGACGCGCUGGAGGCCUUCCUGGGGGGCGGGGCCCCGAGCGGCCACCUCCGCGGGGGCGGGGACUAUGAAGAGCUCUAGGCACGGCUGCAGAGGCAGGGCUCGCUCACUGCUGGCUGGGGGCGCUGGGCCAGCCCUGCAGGGAGGGGGCAGCGGGUGACUGGCCCCCCCGCGCUUCUCAGGGAGGGACAGAGGCCCAGGAGGCCCGUGAGGCUGUUUACAGGGGCGGGGCGCGUCCUCGUCGCCGCCAGGCUCCUGCUUGCCCCAGCCCACCGCAUGCGCGCGAGCUCCGCUUCCUGCGCUGCUCCACUCGGGCUGCCGGGCGCCUGUUCCCUGGGCCCUCUGGGCAGUGCAGGUGCCUCUCCCAGGGGAGGCUCUUCCCGGGCGUGGGGUCCAGUGUUGCCCCGCACGGGCGUGCCUGCCAGCCCGCGCAGGGAAGUCCCCGUUCGUUUCCUUUUUCUCCUUCCACUCCUGCCCCCCAUAAAGCUGUCCUGUUUCAC